AUGGCCGCCGCCAAAGCCGACAAGAUCGCCAAGAUCAUCACCCGCCUCCAGGAGCGGAUCGGUGACGGCGACUACUACGAAGCACAGCAGCAGACGCGCGUGGUGGCCGCCCGCUACACCAAGGCCGCCAACUGGGAUGCCGCCAUCGACAUCCUGUACAAUGUCGCCCAGUCGCUCCUCAAGGCCGGCCAGGGCGGCAGUGGCGGUGAUCUAUGUGUGCUGCUGGUCGACACCUACAAGGCUGCAGAGCUCAAGCCCGAUGCGAGCAGCAAGGGCAAGUUGCUGACCUGUCUGCGGCUGUUCCAGGCUGGCGAGCCGACGAGGAAGAAGUUUGUGGGCGAGAUUCUCGGAUGGUCCUCCAAGUUUGGCGAAUACCCCGCGGGCGACCCGGAACUUCACCACGUGGCCGGCUCUCUAUACGCCGAGGAACACGAGACGUACGAUGCGGAACGACAUUUGGUGCUUGGCACGAAGGACUCGGCAGAGGUUCUUGCAAGAAUGGAGUACGAGUGGUUCAAGGAGGACGAGUCACACACCGCCGCAUUAUAUGCCAGCCGAGCUAUCCUGCCCUAUCUCCUGACGGCCAACGUCCGCGCCGCCAACACAGCAUACCGCUUCUUCACGAGCUCCCUGAACCAAGACAAAGGCAGCGCCAUUGGGGUGCAGGACGUAAGCAGCAACAGCGCCGACAUCCGCGUGUACCCUAGCAUUCCUCUCCUCAACUUCCUUGGCCUCCUCCUGCUGGCAGUGCAACGGGGAAGCGCCGACCUCUACAGACAGCUCACGACCAAGUAUGCGCCACACAUCAAGGAGGUCGACAUGUGGCACGAGCCGCUGGAGAUGAUUGCCGAGAUGUACUUUGGCAUCUCACGGCCGCGUCAGAGCAACCCGCUGAUGGAUAUGAUGAGCGGCUUCUUCGGCGGAGGUGGCGGCGGUGGUGCUCCAGCCGGAGGCUCAAGGAGACCGGCCGUCAAGGCUCCUACUCCUCUUCCGACCGCCGAAGGUCUGGAUUAG